AUGAUGAAAGGACUCCUCUCUCCGACUGCUACUCUCCGAUCUCUGAAAGCUUUGCUCUUUUCGUUGACUGAGAGUGUUAUGGCUCCACCAAAAAAGAAAAGUAAGAAUGUGGUAGAUCCCACAUGGAACCACUGUGUAUGUGCUAUUGAGCUAACAGAUCCUGAAGCUGUUGAUAACACUAGACUAAAACUAGUGUGCAAUUAUUGUGGUAAGACAUUGUCCGGUGGUGUGAGUAGAAUGAAGCACCACUUAGCUCGUACCCAUCAUAAUGCAAAACCUUGUGAAAAAGUUCCAGAAGAUGUUACAAAUAUGUUUCUAAAAAUAUUGGGAGAGUUGAAGCAAAGAAAUUACAUUGACCAAGAUGAUGUGGAUUGCUUUGAUGAGGUGGAAAAUGUGAUAUCUAAAAGAGGAAGUAUGGAUCAAUAUGUGAGCAAAACAAAGGCGAAACAAGUCACUAUGCCUUCUAUGUUGAAGGAUCGAACAAAACCAUGUGUUGACAUAUGUAGAAUGAUAUAUGCAGAGGCUUUGCCCUUUAGCUUGGUUAAGAGUUCAUGGUUUCACACUGCCGUACAAUCGGGGAAUAUGAAUGGUGUUGCUUUGUUUGAGUUGCUUGAUACUUUUGUCGAGGAAAUUGGUGAAGAAAAUGCAAUACAAGUAUUCACCGAUAGUGCAUCCACUUUUGUCCUUGCCGGUGAGUUGCUAAUGGACAAGAGGAAAAAACUUAGUUGGUCUCCAUAUGCAGCUCAUUGCAUUGAUUUGAUGCUUAAAGAUAUUGGCAGGCUACCGAUGCAUUAUGACACAAUUACCAAAGCAAAAACACUCACCGUUUAUAUCUACCAACAUACUUGGGUGCUUAAUCUGAUGAGGAAACAUACAAAGAAUUAUAACUUAGCAAGGUCCGCUGUGACAAGGUUUGCCACCGCCUACCUCACUUUGAAGAGUAUCAUGACUCAAAGAAAUGGACUUAGAGCCAUGUUUACUUCUUCAGCUUGGUGUAAAAGUUCUUAUGCCAAUACUUGUAAUGGGUUAGAUGUCCAACAAAUAGUGUUGGAUGCAAAGUUUUGGAAUGCAAUUAGGUAUUUCUUGAAAGGUGUACUUCGCUUGGUUAAAGUCCUAAGACUAGUACUUCCCUUGGUUAAAGUCCUACGACUAGUUUAUGGUGAUGCAAAGCCCGCCAUGUGUUAUAUUUAUAAAGCAAUGGAUAGGGCAAAUAAACAAAUUGAGAAAAAUUUCGACAAAGUGAAAAGAAGAUAUGCUGCGAUUUGGAAGAUUGUUGAUGAGCGUUGGGCAUUGCAACUUCAUCGACCUCUUCAUGCGGUGGCUUAUUUUCUUAAUCCUAGGUUUCAUUAUGAUGCUUCCUUUGAGGCGGAUGAGGAAGUGAGAUUGGGAUUGUACACGGUCAUAGAAAGGAUGUAUCCGGGUAUCCAAGCAAGAUUAAAACUUGAUGCCCAAAUGGACAAAUUCCAUAAUGCCGUUGGUAUGUUUGGCAUUGAUAUGGCCGUUAUAACUAGAGAGAAUAAACAACCCGGACUAUGGUGGGAGAGCUAUGGAGGUUGUUGCAAAGAACUCCAAGAGUUAGCCACAAGAGUUCUAUCCCUCACAUGUAGUGCUACUGGGUGUGAAAGAAAUUGGAGUACCUUUCAACACAUCCAUUCAAAGAAGAGGAACCGGUUAGAAGCACAAAGAUUGAAUGCAUUAGUCUUUGUCAAGUACAAUCUCACUUUAGAGUUGAGGCAAAAGAAACGAGAGGAAAAUAGUGAUGCUUACGAUCCUAUUUAUCUCUCCGAUAUGGAAUCCAAUGAUGAAUGGAUUACCGAAAGAGAAGACCCAUGCUUACCGCUAGACCCUUCAUCGAUGGAUAUGAAUGAGUGCUUUGAAGUUAAUGAGGGAGAAACUAGUAGAAAAUGACGUAGAGGACCAAUAAACCUUCAAAAUGACAGAAAAGGCAAAAGGAAAUUUGUUGCAAAAGAGAAUGAGGUUGAAAUUAUUGAUGAUGAUGUAGAAGAAGAAAUAGAGGAAGAAGAAGAAGAAUAUAUUGGUGAUGAUGGGGUGGUGCUUGGGGAUGACCUUGAAGAUGAUGAUGAUCUUUACGACAUUGCCGUGAGAGUUGGAAUAGGAGAUUUGAGCAAAAAGACAAA